AAUCUGAAAUAUAUUAUUUGUAUGUACAAACUUGUAGAAACAAGUACCAUAUAUCUAAAACCUUCCGGCAGGAUCGAUAAAUGUCAACAAUACGAAUUUGCAAAAUGAAAUCCGAAUUUGGAACAAAUCAUUUGAAUGAACAAACUUGUACAAACAACUAUACAGUAUAAAUGAGAAACCUUCAGGUAGAAUGAGCAUAAUAGCUUCCCGUUACCGUUGCUGAUUCAUACCGCUAGUAUUGGAAUUAUGUAAAAUCUGGGUAAUGUGGCACUAAAAAUUAUCCUAGUACGAAAGGGUGACUAGUUUUUCCGCUCCCCAAGUCAAUUGUGCUUGCGAAACCGAUUGUGAACUAGCACCACUUCAAAUACAUUUCUAAAACCAUAAUAUCUCCAGCUAUUCAGCAGUUAAUUUCUUUGCAACCUAUUGAUCUAUCCUAGAAAAGCAUUAUGUUGCUUUGGUAUUAUUUGUUCGGUUUCAUGCAAGGGAUGACAUUGGCAACGGCGAUUGACUACCAGCUUCCUAUGGAUGUUAUUCCAGUGCACUAUGACCUUUUCUUAUAUCCUGACAUCACUGCAGGCGUUUCUUAUGGUAAUGUGAGCAUAGAAUUGAAUGUAACAGCCACACGCAGCACACUUAUCGUCAACAUGAAUGAAGUCAUCAUAUCCUCAACAAAUUUAACAUCCAUCCUUACGGGGUCAUCGCUGACUAUUACAUCAACCACAGAAGACACAGCCUUGCAGAGAUACAUAAUUACGCCUUCAACUGAGAUCGAAGCAGGGCAAUAUAUAUUGUCACUGGAAUUCAGCGCCAAUUUGACUACAGACCUUGUUGGCCUGUAUCAGAGUACUUAUGUUGGCGAGAACAAUAAUACUAGGAUACUUGCUGUCGCCGUACUUCCACCGGCGUACGCAAGAAAUGUGUUUCCAUGUCUGGAUGAACCAAAAUUCAAGGCCCAAUUUGACAUCAAACUUGUACAGCCUUCCGGAGAUAAUUAUACCUCAAUUUCUAACAUGAAUGUCAAGAGUAUUGCAGUAAAUGAGCCUGCGUCGGGUUUGAAUACAGUGACCUUUGCCACAAGUCCGCCAAUGCCGACGUUCCUUGUCGGCCUUGUAGUCUGUGAUUUUCAAGCCCGGACGACAAAUGUAACGAAUCUUGAUGGAGAAACAUUUCCAGUCAGUUUUUAUACCACAGAAUCCCAACUGUACAAAAGUGCUUUACCAUUACAAGUUGCAACAAAUGCUCUUGCAUAUUACAUCAAUCUCUUUAAUGUAUCUUACCCCUUGCCAAAGUUCGAUAUGGUUGCUAUUGCUGACAUUACUUUUAGCCUUGUGGAAAGCUGGGGUAUGGUUCAAGCUGCUGAACACGCAAUUCUUUAUACUAGCAACACAAGUUCCACGAGUAACAUGGACGAUGUCAUCUUUACCACAUGUUACGGAGUUGCCCACAUGUGGGUUGGAACCCUUGUAUCUGUGGAUUGGUGGGAUGAUAUUUGGAUCACUGAAGGUAUUCCUACAUGGGCACAAUACAGGACCGCAAAUGAGUUGUAUCCGGAUUGGGGCUUUAUAGAACUGUUCUUAUUUUACGAGGUUUUGAAUGUUAUGGAUGAUGAUGCGUCUGUUGACUCGGAUCCCAUGAUUCAGGAAAUCACUACACCCGACGAAAUUGCAAAUGUUUAUGACUCUAUUAGAACCAGUAAGGCAGCAGCAGUCAUUCGCAUGCUGGAAAAUUUUGUAGGAUCUGAUAUUUUCUACACAGCGAUUUCGACGGAUUUGAAAACAUAUGCAUACCAGAAUGAAAAUACCUCCGGAUUUUAUGAUGGACUGCAGAACCUUGUGGAUUCAAGCCUCAAUAUCUCGGCUAUCAUGAAUACUUGGACACUUCAAGCAGGCUUUCCUGUCGUAAAUGUCGUUAAAAACGGAACCGUUUACACUCUUACUCAGAAACGAUUUCUAUCCGAUCCUAACGCCGUCUCAAACUCUACUUCAUCAACUUACGGAUUCAGAUGGACAAUACCCAUCACUUACGUAACAAGUGAAAACUCUACCUCGAACUUGGUGUGGUUUCAGUACGAUGCCAGUAGCUUAUCUUUGACGGUUAACACAUCGGUAGAGUGGAUAAAAUUCAAUCACGACCAAGUUGGCUUUUAUCGAGUGAAUUAUGAAACGUCGGAGUGGGAGACACUUAUCAAUAUUCUAAAAUCUGACCCAGAGACAUUCACUGCUGCGGAUAGGACACAGCUUGUAGGGGAUGCGUUCAGUUUAGCUGCAGCUUCCCAACUAAGUUAUAACGUAACACUUGAGUUGGCUUCGUACCUCGUUAAUGAGUCGCAUUAUAUACCUUGGAAUAUGGCUUACACAGAUUUUCAGUAUAUGGUCUCUAUGCUAGCCGAUACUGAUAUAUCCACUAGCCUAAAUGAUUACAUCAUUAGCUUGGUGAAACCCAUUUACAAAAAUGUCACAUGGUCCGUAGGUGAUUCCGACUCUCACAUAACUCUGCGUCUCCGCCCAGUUGUCUUGGAAAUGGCAUGCAACGCAGGUUAUGAUCAGUGUUUGACUGAAGCUGGAAACCUUUUCUUAGACUGGAUUAACAGUACCGAUGAUGUCCGUCCUCCUCCCGAUACUCGAUAUGUAGUAUACAAAUAUGGUAUACAAAAUGUGAAUAGAGAGGCUGAAUGGGAUCAGGUGUUCCAAAAGAUGUUAGAUGAGACAGAUUCGGCGGAGAGAUUCAGGUUGUUGAAUGGUUUAUCAGGAAUAAAAAAUGCUACGAUCUUGACCAAGUAUCUAAAUCUGGCCAUCAACCAAUCGUAUGUCAAAGCUGCUGAGUUUUAUUACGUCUUUGACUUUAUUUUGACAAAUUCGAUCGGUCCAGCUACAGCUUGGGAUUGGAUUCGUGAUAAUGUGGAAACUCUAAUGAAUGAUUAUGGCUACAGUGCAAGCGACAUUGCAGAUUGGAUUGGUAGGAUUGUGGCUACCUUCCACACCGAGGCGAGAGUGGUGCAGCUGGAAACAUUCUUUGAAACAUACUCGGGAGUAAAGGAGGCCUUUGACACUGAUCUUCUCAAAAAUAUAUACAAUAACAUCGAUUGGCUGAACCUUAAUAAUGCUACAAUUGAAGCUUGGCUGAAUUCGUAUGUGACGUCCGAAUAAUCACGUAAUUGCUCCAAAUUGCCUACCACACCAACAGCUAACACAUUCUCUCCGCUUGCUACCUUUCCAGAUAACCGUUUUAUGUUCUUGCAUUCACCGAAAAAUAGUGACUAGCUGUUGAUCUAGAUUGGUUUGCUAAAAUUUUCCAAGAAUUUCUUGCACUCAGGAAUGGUGAAUAAUUAUUUAGUUCAGUAUCUUUACCUCAAGUUUGAUGAUGGAACAUUAAAAUUUGCGGAAAUUGGUGCUCCUGAGAAAAGCAAUUGCAGAAUUUUCUAACAAUUUUAAAUACCGCGAGUUCACUUUUUAGAUAUUUAGUUCAUCUUUAUACGUGAUAUCACUUCACCCACUUUGGAUGAACCGCCCAUUGCACAUGCCUGUUGAUAUACUUGUUAAAAAAGAA